UCCUCUUCACCACCCGGAACCUUCCGCUCGGCGGUCGGGUUGCCACGUAGAAAACGCAGCCUGCAGUUUCUCUGAUCUCCCGCGUUUAAAGUGUUUCUGUGCUGUAUUUGGUGGAGCGAACUUAAUAUUCAGAUAUGGUGUCCGUCAUUAACACAGUGGAUACCUCACAUGAGGAUAUGAUUCAUGAUGCCCAGAUGGACUACUAUGGCACAAGACUGGCAACCUGCUCCUCUGACCGCUCCGUGAAGAUCUUUGAUGUAAAGAAUGGUGGACAGAUUCUUGUGGCUGACUUGAGGGGGCACGAAGGUCCAGUGUGGCAGGUGGCCUGGGCACAUCCCACAUAUGGCAACAUUCUGGCUUCAUGUUCCUAUGACAGAAAAGUCAUCAUCUGGAAAGAAGAGAAUGGGACAUGGGAUAAAAUGUACAAGUACACAGGUCACAACUCCUCAGUGAACUCUAUUUGCUGGGGACCCUACGAAUUCGGCUUAAUCCUGGCCUGUGGAAGCUCUGAUGGGGCUAUUUCCAUUCUGACCUACACUGGUGAUGGGCAGUGGGAUAUCAAGAAGAUUAACAAUGCACACACUAUUGGCUGUAAUGCAGUGAGUUGGGCACCAGCUGUUGUUCCAGGCAGCCUUAUAGACCAGCCAACAGGACAGAAACCAAACUACGUCAAGAGAUUUGUGUCCGGAGGCUGUGACAACUUGGUCAAGUUGUGGAAAGAAGAGGAUGGCCAAUGGAAGGAGGACCAAAAACUUGAAGCUCACAGUGAUUGGGUGAGAGACGUAGGCUGGGCUCCAUCCAUCGGGCUGCCCACCAGCACAAUCGCCAGCUGCUCUCAGGAUGGCAGAGUGUUCAUCUGGACGUGUGAUGAUCCCUCUGGAAACACCUGGACUGCUAAACUUCUGCACAAAUUCAAUGAUGUGGUCUGGCAUGUGAGCUGGUCCAUCACAGGCAACAUCUUGGCAGUCUCAGGAGGAGACAACAAGGUGACCCUCUGGAAGGAGUCCGUGGACGGACAGUGGGCUUGCAUCAGCGACGUCAACAAAGGCCAAGGGGCCGUGUCCUCCAUCACAGACGGCCAGCAGAACGAGCAGUGAGACGGGCUAACGGAGAUCGUCUCCUGGAGAUCAGUGCCUCCAGAGACUACUAAAGCCUCAGAGACUUUCCUAGAACAUUGUCCUGUCAGUCCUUCAAUCUUUCAGUUGAUUCAGGAGGCAAGACCAGUCCAACCUACUUCUUAUUUUUCAAUGAAUUCUUUUUAAAGUUUCCUUCCAAAAGGGUAACUUUCAAUAAAAGUAUUAAUAAGUUAACUGUGAUGGAUUGAUUGUGGUUGUGCUUAAUGAGCAGGAUCUGGUAAGAAAGCCCUGAAAACAUGUAAAAGAAGAUUGAACCAGAAUGUCUGUUGUGGAUAUUGAUGAACUACAGGUUCUAAACCCUGGUCUUAUCUUAAGAGGAGUGGCUGAUUACACUUUAUUCUGAAUCUGUUUGUGUACACUGCCACUGAAAUAAACUUUUCUAAAUAACUGAACAUCA